UGAAACCAUGGUGAUGGAGGAGAAGCCCGGGAGCGAGUUGAGAGCACGAACAGAGGACAAGGUGGUGGAGCGGCUGUGGCAGAGCGGCUUGAAGACGUGGCUGUAUCUUGGACGCACCUUGGAGCGGACCUGCAACGCGGGAAGAAGAAGCCGCUCGGGGACUUGGACAAGCUCGAUCUCAAGGAGACAGUUCACAGCGGCUUGACAACACGGGCUGACGAAGUCGGUUUGGUCGUGGCGAAGCUCGGAGCGGUUUGGUGGAGCGACGUGCCAUCGCUCGGGUUGUAAGUUGUAACGAGCUCAGCAGCGGCUACGUGGAACGGGAUAGCGAAGCCGCUGUGUAGAAGACAAGAUGCGAUUUCAAGAUGUGUUGACCCGGUUUAAUCCGUUUUGACCCGGUUUAAUCCGUUUUGACCCGGUUUAAUUCAACUGAACCAGGACGAGUUUAGACCUCUUAUAAAUAGUUUUAGCCUAUAAAAAUCCUAGUUUAUCUCAUUUUGAAUCUUUUGAUAAUCUAAGGAAAUACUUCAUCUUAUAUUUAUGUUUUUCUUACUCAUUAACAUGAUUAGCCUUAAUCCUUACAUGAGUUUAAGGUUUUUCAUUGAGAUUAGAGAUUAGAGAUUAGUGAUUAGUGACCUUGUGAUUCAUGGAUUAUAUAUAUUAGGGUGAUUAAAUGGAUAUUUAGGAUGUUUAUUGCUUGAUUAACAAUGUGGAUUAAUCUAUUUUGAAUGAGAUCUAGACCUAUAGACUUGUUGAUUGUUCUGUUUGAACAUCCUAGAUUGAACCUUGAUCACCUUAUAUCAAUUAUCUUUGCCCAUGGAUCCAUCCUUAGCAUUUGAUUAAAUUUUUGCACUUAUUUCUUGAUUGGAUUUGAGAUCACCUUGUUUAUAUUUCUAGGAUAUUAGCUUGUUACAAAUCAUCCAUCUUCUUGUUUGCUUAGAUUAAGAAAGUUUUAUGUAUUCUUGGUGUUAUAGAUUACUAGUUCCUUGUGGAUUCGAUUUUAAAAUACUACAAUGACAUACCAUUCGAUUGUGGUAUUGUUGGUACAUUAGGUUAAUUGGUGUGUGCUUAAACGCGUAAUCAUAUACUGUGAAAAAUGUCAUAGAAAGGUUCAUUGCUUUGGAAUACUUAUUAAAAACUCAUGCACACCGAACUCCGUGUAGUUCGGCUUGGACUCGAAUUUGAAUUUCUGUCCUGGAUUUAUGUAUUAUGUAAAUUUUUGUAAUAUUGGUUAAACUAUUUUGAUGUUUUGUUUUAUAAUAUGAGUUUUGAUGCUAUUUACGAUACUAAGAAAUUUAUGUCCAUAAACUAAAAAAUAUCAAAGUUACAAGAUUCUAAUGUAUAUUUAAAAAUUACUGAUUUUCUUUUAUAAUUGUAGGUAAAUUUUUUUUUGCAUUAAUCACAUGGAGAUGGUCUAGUAGUAGACGGAUUUCAGAGAGAUUCGGGUUUGAACAAUUCCACGACACUAAAAAUGUGUGUGGCCACAUGGAUAUUAAGUCAUGUUUGAAGAUUCAUUUGAAUAUCUGGAGAGAAAGUUUGCCGUGGACUAGACUUUUUUUGGAAUUAAUCUGGAAAUUUUUAUAGGUUCAAAAAAUCUUAAGGUUAAUAAUUAAAAUCUUUUAGUUGGAACUUUUUAUCGGUACUAUUAAUUACUUAGUUGACAUAUUUGUUUUUUACAGCUUGACUUCGGUUACAACUUGAUCUUUUUGAAUAGGUGCUGCCUUUUUUUUUUGUCAAACUACUAAUUUCAUUGAAUAGCAAACAAUUCCUCCAGUCAUGGAAUGUAGGGAUGAUUGGAAGGAGUUGUAAUUUUAUAUUUUUGCUUUAUAAAUAGAACUGUCGAUUUUUUUUUGCUGUGGCUAUAUAUAAUUUUAAUGUAGAAUAUUAGGUGUAGGUUUAAAAAGAUUCAAUGACUUACAUAUAAAUUUUCUAAAGCAAAAAAUAAGUGUUCUAGAUUUAUGGCUUUCUACAGCUAAAAAUAAAUAUAAAAAAAAAGAAAAAUCUGUAGGUUUAAAAAAUUUUUACAAAGCAUAAUUGACAAAAAAUUGGGCAAUAUAAAUAAUUUAGGCUGUAGAAAAAUCUUACGGCACUUUUAAAGCACUUGCCAAUCAACCUCUUAAGCUUUUAUAUGAAUAGGUGCUGCCAAAAAAAGAUACUUAUACUUUGCUGGUCAAAAAAUCGUACUUGACUACUUGUAUGGACACACUACUGUCUACCCAUGCAAUGUUGUGUUAAUUGAUGUACAUACGAGUUUACAACAUUACACAUCAUACCCCGUUAUACUUGGUUACAUUGACAGCCAAAAUGUUCUUUAUAUAUUAAACUAGGUAAUAACCCGCACUUUGCGCGGAAUGUGAUUUUUAGUUUUGUUAUUUUUUAAUAAGGAAACAUUAAUCAAUUUAAUUUGGAUAUCAGUUUGGUUUUAGGUUAUUUUUUUGGUUUUUAAUCACCUAAAAUAUAACAAUCAUUUUAAAUCAAUAUUUAUUUAGUUUGUUCGGUUAAAAUGUUUGAUUUUUUGAGUCUUUUUUCUGUGAUAAUCAAAAAUUACUAUUAUUUGUUUGUUUUGAUGUUAUAAAUCUUAGAUAGUCGUGAUGUCUAACCAAUGGUUUUAUAUUAUAGUUUCUAAACGGAUAAAGUUAAAAAAGAAAAGAAAAUUACUAAGACAAAUCAUUUUAUUACAAUUUGGUCGAUAGUGAAAGAAACAUUAAGAAAAGAAUAUUUUAACUUCCAAAAAAAUUAGAUAUUUCAGUUGUAGUAAAUACUUAGUUAUAAGGUGUUCACGUCAAUGUGCACAUGUAAAAGUAUAUAAAGAUAGUUGAUAAGUAUAUAAAGAUAUUGUUAACUAAUAUUAAAAAUAAAAUUCAAAAUAAUACAUGAAAAUAAAAUUCUUAAAAUGAAAUUAUUUUCAAACAAAAUAUUGUAAAAUUUAUAUAAACUAUAAUAUUUAACUUACACAUAAUUCUUUAUAUAUAUAUAUAUAUGCAUAUAACUGAUCAAAUUGGAUAUUCGUUCCUAUAAAUAUUGAUAUUUGUGAUUUGUUUUUUUUUAUGGAUAUUGCAUUUCAGUAUUUGAUUUGCUUCGUAGAGUAACGGAUAUCCAGAUUUUUCGGUUCGAAUCAAAACGGAUAACGUAUCGAAUCAAAAUUUAUGAAUAAUUUAUCCAGCUUUAUUUGUAAACAGUAAAAAUAACGUAAAGAAGAACCAUGCAUGUGAGUUUUAUAUUAAAAAAAAUAAAGUACAUAGUGUGAACAUAUUUAUGUAGAGUUUGGGUGACAAACUCAAUGCAUGUGACAUGUGUUAAUUUUAGUGUGAACGCAUUUAUUACAAUGGUUCUACACGUGAUAUGUUUUCAGUUUAGUGUGAACGCAUUUAUUACAAUGCUUCUUCCUUAAUAUAUAAGGGAUGAGAAGCAUUUGCAAUAAAUUUAUUCACACACACAUUGACACGUGUCAGCUUCACAAUCAUUUUAACUUUAGAAUGUUUAUGUAUCAGUUUUACAGUAAUUUAGCAAUUAAUGUGUUCACACACCAAUUUUCUUAACUCUAUAGCAUACUAUUUAAUGUGUUCACACACUAUUUUUUUUUAGUGAGCUCAUUUUCAGUUUUCAUAUUUUUAACAUUUGUAUUAGUGAAUUUAAGUUUUUUUCGGGCAAGAAUUGAAUAAUAUCAUUGUUGAAAUAAACAAAUUACAAAAUAAUUAAGAUUCACGUCAACUAAAAUGCCCGAAUGAGAAUGUUUAUAGAAACUGAAAGUUUUGGUAUUUUGCCAAACUUGGUCAUGGUUGAGGUUUAUGCAUACGAAAACAACAAAUAAUUGUUAUUGGUUAUGAAUUAAGGAAAUCGGGAUGAAAAACGCUAUAUACAAAGUUAGAUCUUUAGUCUAGCCAAGUAUUAUUUUUCUUUAGAGAGUUUUCAUAUCAAACCAAGAAUUAUAAACAUAUUCACAUUGUUAGAAAAAAACAGAAAUCAAAAAAGUUAAAAAAAAAAAAGAAAAUUUGUGAAAUCGAUUGAAAACAAAAUUCAUGUACCAAGUGAAGAUAUACCAAGUGAAGAGGUCAUAUUAUUUUCAACCCAACUCUAACAUAUUUAACUCGAUUGUAUCAUUUUUUAUUAUAUUUAUCCAUAAUUUUCUAUAAGAAAGUACACGUUAUUGGUUAUGGACUACGUCAAUUUUUGUAACAUGUCCAAUGACACAACGCCCAACCAUUUUUGUUGAUAUUUUUAAAGUAUGGUCCAAUAAUUAUGUAUGUAAAAUAAACUCAACAUAUUUUGCAUGUAUUUAUUUUUAUUUAUAUUAGUAGAAAAAAGUAAGUCUGGGUAAAAUAUUUGGAUCCGAAGAACCGAACUUGAUUUGAAAGUAAUACUAAACACAAACUAAAACUGAUUAAGUAUUCAAAUGGAUCUAAAAGUUUAAUAUCCGGAAAACCAUACCAGGAUCCAAUCCAAAAAUAUUUUGGAUACCGAAAAUUAUCGAAAACACAAUUAUAUACUUAAAUAUUUUAGUUAUUUUAAAUUUUAUAUCUAUUAGAUAUUCAUUAAUAUGAAAAUAUCUAAAAUAACAAAAUAUGUUCAAAAUAUUAAAAAUAUGUUAUUAUUCUCCAUCUAAAUAUAUGGAACUUUUUUUUAAUGUAAAUUUAAGUGUUUGUUCUUACAUUAUUCAAAAUUUAAUCUUUUAUAUUAUUUUAUUUUUGGAUUUUGAAGAUUAAGUGUAUUUGGAUUUUUGUUAAAACAUUACAUAAUUAAAAUAUUUAUAUGAACUCGAACCUGCAAUGAUUCGUACCAAAUUCAAACCGAAAUUUGUAAGUAUAUGAAUCUUAUUUAAAUUUCUAACUUUAAAAUUUUGAAAUUUGAAUAGAUCAUCUCAAUCCGAACGAAUAUCUGAAUGUCAUCACUUAAAAAAAUUAUACGACAAAUCUCUUACUACAACGUAAAAUAAAUAAUUUAAUCAAUUAUUUCACUCCGUACACGGCGCAGAUUAAAUAUUUACGUGGCGUUAAAUAUAGAAUAUAUUACAUCCUUAUCUUGUAGAUUCUCUAGACCAAACCAACAUAAGACACGUAAUAAAAUGAAAAGUUCUUUAGAUAAAAAUCUUCUUAUUUAGAAACACUAUAUUGCUAUUUGUCUUUAGACCUUAAUAUGUACUUUUUCUUUAAAACCUUUCUAUAAUUUGUUGAAACCUCUUUUGGACCAAGCCAGAGAAUCAAAGUUAGAGACUCUAUAUAACAAUUGACCCAUAUGGUCCCUCAAACACACAGACAACUCCUUAUAUCCUUGUCGUUUUUUGUUCUUUUUUCACCAUGGGCAGAAGAAAGGUAACACACCAACUGAUUUCUGACAACGCUACUCGCCGAGUUACGUUCAGAAAACGCAAACAUGGUCUGUUGAAAAAGCUCAAUGAAUUAACCAUUCUUUGCGGUUUACGUGCUUGCGCCAUCAUCUACAGCGACUACGAGGAAGGUCCUGAGGUCUGGCCAAACCGCAAAGAGGUUCGUGUUCUUCUCAACCGGUUCAGGGCACUCCCGGUGGAGAAACAGACCAAGUUCAUGAUGGACCAGAAAGAUUUGAUGAACAGAAUGAUCCAAGACGCAAAGAAGAGGUUGGAGAAAGAGCAGAUGCAUAGCCGUGCGAUGGAACUUGGGUUGAUUGCGUCGUCUAAUGACAUACGCGAUGCUGAUUAUUCAGAGGAUCUGAUCAAAGCAGCCGAUGUGGUUGAGAAGAAGAUCAAAGUCAUCAGAGAAAGAAUCAAGGCUGUAGAAUCAGGAGCAGCCAUCCUCAUGAUAGAAUAGCCUUUCAAAAACAUUCAACUGUGUUUUAUUUUCAUGGAUUAUCAUGUUUAGGAUUAAUGUGUUGAUUGUUUCUGCUUUAUGAUUUAGUUUAAAGGAUGAAGAGAAUAAUAUUUAUCUCUUUGGCCUUCUUGGUAUCAUCGCUUAGAGCUGGUCAGGAUCAAUGUAUUCAGUUUAUGAGAUUGUUAUUUUUAUGAAGUUUUUCUUCCUUAUUUUAUUUA